CUCCCAAAUAUUAAUGCAAAAAAUAUCAAACAAAGAAAAAACCCAAACAAAUAUUUCAAAUCGUUUAUUCUUCAGAUCUAAAAAGAUAACACAAUCGCUUUCUAAAAUUUGAUUUUUCAGGGUUUCCAACAUUUCCAUCGUUUCUAUUUCUCAUUUCAUAUUUUUCCCUAAUUUGGUUUUUUUUUGAAUUGAAACCGUUUAUCGGCGAUUCCGAUGUCAGCUUCCACCGUGUCAAUCACGGCGGCGAACCCGGGGUCGCGUCGGAGACCCGUGAUCGCAACUGAAAAGAAAACCGCCAGUAAUCUUGAACUCCUCGCAAACGAUGUCGCUGCUUCUCCAAAUGUCGUUACUUCCGGUGACGGAAGGGCUCCAUCAACCGCCGGCAAUGGUCGAGACUUGAGUCACCACUCGAUUCGUGGUGAGGCUGUUCUUUCUAGGGAUUUGGGUCCAGCGUCAAAGAGGGUUGCUGGUGGGGAUUCUACUGCCCCGCCGCGGCGGUUGCGGAAGAGUGGUGGGAAGUCUGAGAAGCCAAAGUGGGUCACUGUGGUGAGAAUCUUUGCUAAGAAUUUUGUGUUGCUUGCGUUGCUUGUUGGGUUUGUUCAGUUGAUUAGAUGGUUUACGUUGAAAUCUGGAGAAAGUGUUGUUGGAGGAGGAGGAGGGUAUGCUGGGUUUUCGGAAUAUGAGGACCGGGUUUCGGAAUUGGAGGGUUCGUUAAAGAAGAUGACGAAGAUGAUUCAAGUACAGGUGGAUGUGGUGGAUAAGAAGAUUGUGAAUGAGGUUGGAGAGUUAAGGAAGGAAAUGGAUGUAAAAAUUGAGCAAAAAGGUGCAUUCUUGGAGAAUGAGUUGAGAAAAUUAGAGACUAAGAGUGAGAAAUUGGAGAGAUAUUUGAGUGAAUUGAAGGUAGAUGAUUUGUUAACAAAGGAGGAAUUUGAGAAAUUCGUUGAGGUUUUGAAGAAUGUGAAGGGGAAUGAGUAUGAGGGUAGUGGUUUGGAUGAGAUAAGGGAAUUUGCAAGAGGGGUGGUUGAGAGUGAGAUUGAGAAGCAUGCUGCAGAUGGACUUGGGAGGGUGGAUUAUGCUCUUGCAAACAGUGGGGCUUGGGUUGUGAGGCAUUCAGAGGUUUAUGAUUUGGGGAGGGUAAAUUGGUACAUGUUGACUUCUAGAAACGGUGUUCACCCCAAAGCUAAUAUGAUGUUGAAACCGAGUUUUGGGGAGCCCGGGCAGUGUUUUCCGUUGAAGGGAAGUAGCGGGUUUGUUCAGAUUAGGUUGCGUGCUGAAAUCAUUCCUGAGGCUAUCACCUUGGAACAUGUAGCAAAGAGUGUAGCAUAUGAUAGAUCUAGUGCUCCCAAGGACUGCAGGAUCUCUGGUUGGCUGCAGGGAAAAAAUACUGAUUCUCUAAUUGAUACUGAAAACAGGUUUCUUCUGGCAGAGUUUAGCUAUGACCUUGAGAAGAGUAAUGCUCAAACUUUCAAUGUGUUGACUUCAGCAGGUUCUGGUGUUAUCGACACAAUAAGGUUUGAUUUUACAUCAAAUCACGGAAGCCCUUCACAUACCUGUAUAUAUCGUUUGAGAGUUCACGGUUACCAAUCUGACUCAGUUUCUAUGAUGGCAAUCCAGCCAUAAUGUAUCAUUUUGUUUGCUUGAAAGUUAUCCAUGUCUGUGUAAUUGUUGUUCAGUAUUAUUUGUUUAGAUGUAGGUAGGAAUUCAUAGACUCGAUAUGCAUGCAUUGCAGUCAGUAAUCAUGUCCAUGUUUGUGUAUGCUCUGCUUGAAAUGGAUUAUGUAUUUAGUGUAUGAUUUCUGAAUUAGGAAGAUGAUAGAUUUCACACUUUUGUGUAACACGAAGUUCUACUAAUUUUCUUUUCAUUAA